CCAAGGCAAGUUGGUCAAUAAAGUAUGGUUGUGAUGUUGAUACUAUAGCAAAACCUUCGUUCAUGGAAUCAAGAGAAACAAACAAACAAGCCAGAAGCCAGAAGCCAGAGCCGGAGCCGGUGAGAGGGAGGUAAGUGAGCCAAGACACCAUUCAACCAUGUUAACCGAAAGUAACUGUCUAUCAACCAAAAGAAACACUAAAGAAAAACUACCCUAAAGUAAUAUUACAAUCUAUGAAUGACAGAAGAUGACAGAGGAAACUAGAGAGAAUCCAAUUCAUUAACCCUUCAUCAGUUGAGUUUUAAAUCCUAGAAAAGGCCAAACCCGAGACCCCUCCGACCACAUUGUCUCAUUUUUCACUACCCCGUGUCCCUUAGAACAUGGAGGAAAUUAUGGCAGCUUUCCCUACUAUAAAUUCUCUUCUUCAAUCCCCAACCAUAAAACCUCUCAAACAACACCACCCAGCACUUCCUCUCUUCUUAUGGCAAGACAACACCAUCACACCAUACCCAGGAGCCACAGCUGGGAAAGUGUUCUAGUUUCUCAUCAUGACUGCAAUCAAUUCCAAGUAUAAAAUCAGCUAUAUUUCGCGGAUUACUUCGUCCAUUCAUAGAUCUGUCAUAGUCAGGAAAGAGUGAAUGGAGAUUGAAUUGGUUAAGUGUGAGUGCUGUGGCCUGAAAGAAGAUUGCACCCAGGAGUAUAUCAGCGAGGUGAAGGCGAAAUUCGACGGGAAAUGGCUAUGUGGGUUGUGCUCAGAAGCUGUUAGAGAUGAAGUUAACAGGGGGAAGAAGCCAUAUUGUUUGGAAGACGCUGUGAUAGCUCACAUGUCUUUCUGUCGCAAAUUCAAAUCCAACCCUGCUGUUCGGGUGGCUGAUGGGAUGAGGCAGAUGCUCAGGAGAAGGUCUGGUGACAUGUCUUCAUCUCCAUCUUCUUCUAAGAAGUACACGAGAUCAGCUAGCACAUCACAAGUAGGAGACAACUCAUCUUUCCCCCUUUACUAGUUAGAGAUCAACAGAAAGGAGGAUUUUCCUUGGAUCCAACCAGCAAUAAUAUCAACAGUCUUUGAUUGUUGCCUUUGUACAGAGGAUGAUGUUAUUUCAAUGCAGACUUCUCCUUAAUUCUCUCGCAA